UUUACUGCCACGCUUUUUGCGCGAGAGUCGAAAAAUAAACUUAUUCGUAAUGACAGUUGCGAUCAACUUAGUGCCUAUGAUGAUAAUAUCAUCGAAAGAGACGUUACUCUCACUGAGGAUGGAAUAACAUUUAAUAAAAACUAUCUAUGCGAUGUUACUUCAGAGUUUAAGCUUCAUAACCCCAUGCACCUUGUUAAAUCAGGAGUUGAGGUAAUAUUACAUCUUUUAUCAUUUUGGCAGGCAAUUAUCGAAGAUGAGGUCACUAAGCGCUUUACAGCUGGAGAACUAAGAGUUUGGAACUUUCUAAGUCGAAAUCAAAUAUAUUACACCCUUAAUAAGCAUUAUAACUUCCAUUUAAAUGCUUUGUGGUGUAUUGGAUUCUUUAUCCGAUAUGUUAUUCUCUUCCCUUCACGAUUUGCCGUCUUUAUUUGCAGUAUUCUGUCUAUAUGGUUUCUUGGAACCUUUGCCACGUUCCUCACAGAUUCCAGCUUUAAACGUGGCAUCCUAACCUCUGGCCUCCAGUGUGCUAUUCGCCUAAAUCUGCGGGCAUUUUCAACGGUCGUUCGCUAUCAUAACAUCUUGAUGUAA